AUGAGUAAGACUGAAUUAUCAAGGAUGAAGCAACCGCUUGUUCCGUUAGCAACUCUGAUUGGCCGGGAGCUUCGGAAUGGAAAAACCGAGAAGCCUUUUGUGAAGUAUGGCCAGGCUGGUUUGGCAAAGAAAGGAGAAGAUUACUUUCUAAUCAAGACAGAUUGCCAGAGGGUUCCUGGUGAUUCUUCAACGAUGUUUUCUGUCUUUGCGAUCCUUGAUGGGCAUAAUGGUAUAUCCGCUGCUAUUUUUGCAAAGGAAAACAUAAUAAACAAUGUCAUGAGUGCAAUACCGCAAGGUAUAAGCAGGGAGGAAUGGCUUCAAGCUUUGCCUCGGGCUCUAGUUGUUGCUUUUGUGAAAACUGACAUGGAAUUUCAGAAAAAAGGGGAAACUUCUGGCACGACAGCUACAUUUGUUAUUAUCGAUGGAUGGACUGUUACAGUUGCAUGUGUUGGGGAUUCCCGAUGCAUAUUAGAUACCCAGGGAGGUGUUGUUUCUCUCUUGACAGUUGAUCACAGAUUGGAAGAAAAUGUAGAAGAGAGGGAGCGUGUUACUGCCAGUGGUGGUGAAGUAGGAAGACUCAACAUAUUUGGAGGCAACGAGGUGGGGCCACUUCGCUGCUGGCCUGGUGGAUUGUGCCUUUCUAGAUCAAUUGGCGACACAGAUGUGGGAGAGUAUAUCGUUCCAAUACCACAUGUUAAGCAAGUGAAGCUUUCAAAUGCUGGUGGAAGGCUUAUCAUAGCUUCUGAUGGUAUUUGGGAUACUUUGUCUUCUGAUAUGGCUGCCAAGGCAUGUCGGGGUGUACCUGCUGAACUUGCUGCAAAGCUGGUGGUUAAGGAAGCUCUUAGGUCAAGAGGGCUGAAGGAUGAUACAACCUGCCUUGUCGUAGAUAUUAUUCCUUCGGACUAUCCUAUAUCGCCGAUGCUAUCAACUCCUAGAAAGAAACCUAACAUGCUAAGUUCACUUCUCUUUGGAAAGAAAUCUCAAAACUCGACAAACAAAGGAACCAAUAAGCUUUCUGCAGUUGGUGUUGUAGAGGAGUUAUUCGAAGAGGGUUCUGCAAUGCUUACAGAAAGGCUAGGUAAGGAUGUUUCUUCUAAUACGAAUUCUGGUAUAUACCGCUGUGCGGUUUGCCUAGCAGAUCAACCCUCUGGCAAUGGUUUAUCAGUGAACACGGAUCAUUUUAUCACGCCGGUAUCUAAACCACGGGAAGAUCCAUUCCUCUGCACAAUCUGUCAGAAGAAGAAAGACGCAAUGGAAGGGAAAAGGUCCUGA